AAGACAGGAAAGUGUAAUUAGCCCGUGCCUACCUCUCCCUGGCGCCAGAGGCCUGGCCUCAUUACAGAACACCCGCACCUGCCCAACCUCCCAGCAUGCUGCUUGGCCAGGGACCGUGGAUCGCACUGGAAGCCAAGUACCCAGCAGAGCAAGAGGCUCCACUACAGUUUGAGGAACGUUUGUUGAACUAAACUGGAAAAAAAAAAAGAUUUGUAGUACAACCUAAUUUUACAGGCCAUCGAGGCCCAGAGAGGCCAAGCAUUUGGCCCCAAACCACACAGCUGGUGAGUGGCAGAGCCCCAGACCAGAAACCAGGUCUCCUAAGUCCAGGUUCAGUGCUUCUGCCACAUCCCAGGCUGCCCGCUGGACAGUCUUGAACCCUUUCACAGCCUCCAGGAAUCUGCAGCCUCCUGACCCAUCUCAGAUGCCUGCUUUGCAGGUCAGCACUGUCCAAUAGGACCAUAUGUGAUGAUGGAAUUGUUCUAUAUCUGUGCUGUUCAACCCAAUCACCUGAUACCACUCAGCAGGUGCAGGGAAAGGUGGCCAGUGUGGUGGGGUCGGCGGGUGGGAGAAUGGGCAGGGCUGUGGAGAGAAAAAAGGCAUAGUGGAGGUGAGACCCAGCAAGGAAGAAGGAUUGGGUUUGGCAUUCCAAGGAAUCUUCCAUCCCCAAAGCCAUGGGGAGCCCCUGAAGGAUAGUAUGCACAGUAAAGACAUGCCUUGAUGAAAGCCUCUGUGGAACUCCAAGGGCGUCACUGCUCCUCUGAGCUCUACAGUACCUCCAACACUCCAGUAACACCAGCUGGAGUAGUCAUUCAUUCAUUCAGUUGUCAUUCUCUGUCAAAACCCCACACAAAUAAUUUCUCACAUCCGCAGCACAUAAUGCUGGCCCAGCCUGAAAUACCCUUCCCCUCCCCUGCCUGGACAGCUCUUGCUCUUCCUUCAGGCCUGAGCUCAUGGUCCCUAUCUGGGAAGGCAUCGUAGACACCGUCACAUGGGUCAGUGCCUCUUCCAUGUCUCCAUAGCCUGCCUGGCAUGUGGAGGAGGCUUAAUUUCUCUAUCUUUGCUGUUAGUUCUCCUUUCUUGACCCUUCCCACACCUACAAUUACGUCCCCAACCCCCAGCUCUGGGACCCUCAGAAAUUCUGACCACAGGCCAGGCACCUAUAAUCCUGGCACUUUGGGAGGCCGAGGCGGGCAGAUUGCUUGAGGUCAGGAGUUCAAGACCAGCCUGGUCAACAUGGUGAAACCCUGUCUCUACCAAAAAAUACAAAAGUUAGCCAGGCAUGGUGGUGCGCACCAGUAAUCCCAGCUACACGGGAGGCUGAAGCGGGAGAAUCGCUUGAACCUGGGAGGCAGAGGUUGCAGUGAGCCGAGAUCGCACCACUGCACUCAAGCCUGGGUGACAGAGUAAAAUACUGUUACAAAAAAAGGGGGGCCAGGUGCGGUGGCUCGCGCCUGUAAUCCCAGCACUUUGGGAGGCCAAAGCAGGCGGAUCAUGAGGUCAAGAGAUCAAGAACAUCUGGUCAACCUGGUGAAACUCCAUCUCUACUAAAAACAGAACAAAACAAAAUUUAACUGGGCAUGGUGGCAUGCGCCUGUAGUCCCAGCUACUCGGGAGGCUGAGACAGGAGAAUUGCUUGAACCCAGAAGGCAGAGGUUGCAGUGAGCCGAGAUCACGCCACUGCACUCUAGCCUGGGCGACAGGGCAAUACUCCAUCUCAGAAAAAAAAAGAACUUCUGUCUCAAAAAAAAAAAAAAAAAAGAACUUCUAACCACAUAGCCACAGUCUGCCAAAGACCCUCAGCCCCCAGCCUAGGUCCUCCCACUCCCAGGACUUGGACCCUGGACCAGCCCUGCUCAAAGGGAAUAUCCAGAGAAUAAAGGCCAGGAGUGGCUAACUUCAUAAGGGAGAUGGCACUGACCCAGAUCACGACCAUAGGUGGGGACAUGCAUUUAGGGGAGAAGAUGAAAGAUUGACAGAAACUUGAGCAGGCUCAUGUGAGAAGGCUUCUUGGAGGAGUGGCCCUCCUUCCCAUCGUGUCCUGCAGUGAUACAAAGAUUUUCCCCUGUAGAUUCCAAACCCUUUGCUGGCUCCCCUGCCCAGAGAGUCCCUGUCUGUCUCCCCAAGAGUCAAAUCCUGCCCCAGAGCCUGACCCAGGCUAGGAUGUGCCCAUUGGAACAUUCACCCAACAACUAUGUCUUGCCAUCCAGCAUUUCCAGAGACCUGAUGCUCCCCAGGCCAGGAGGCCUCAGGCCAAAUGGGGAGCAGGGCAAAGAGGAGGCGCUGAAACUAUGACACAGGGAUGCCAUUCUCAUAAGGACAUCCAACUGGGCUGCAGGGACACAAACCCUGUUCCCUCUGCCCCCACCCAGGGCCGAAAGGAGGAGCUCCAGGCCAGGACUCUGAGUGGGCAGGUGACUCCGAGAGGGACAGACAGACAGUAAGAUAAGUGAGAGAGAGCAUGACAAUCGAAAACACAGAGGAGGCGGAUGAGAAUGCGAAGGAGACAGACCACAGGUUGGGUGGGAGUGACGUGGAGAAGGAAAUGGGAGGAGGAGAGAGAAAAAACAAGAAAACUCCCCCUCACUUCAAGACCAGUUCCAGGAGGCUCUGGCAGCCCAGCCUAAGCCUCUUCCCCAUUCCUCGCCUCUAGCCAGCCCUGCCCCUCCUCUGCUCUUUCUCUGCCUCCUGGAUCAUCAGGAUUGUGUCCUGUUACCAGUGACAGGGGACUGGGGUAAAGGGGAUAGACUCAAGAGGCAGGAAAGGGAGAUGUAGAUUCCUGUCCCUGGACCAUGUAAGGACUAGAAGAGCAGGGUUCCGGAGUCCCAGAGGGUACAGGAUGUCCAGGUGUUAUUUCUAGUGGGGGUUGUCCAAGCCUGUCCUCACCUGAAGCCCCAAGCAGGUUUGUUUAUUUGUACAUCCAGGAGGGAGUUGGAGACUGCUUGGGUACCUAAACAUCCUCAGAGAGACGGAAACCUUCCCCCACUUUCCAUCUCCCACCUCCCAACCCCUGCCAGGCCUCCUGCUUCCCUGGGUGGGGGUCCAAGCCCCCAGGUGGUUCAGGCUCUGUACCAAGGCCAGGAGAGAGUGAUGUCAGGCCCUCUGGCCUAGCUGGGACAGAGACCCCUGCUCAGAGAGUGCAGCCUGGACCAGGACCCCCAGGGAUGCCAGUUCCAGAGUAAAGGGAGUAGAGCUCCUCACUCCAACUGUCCAGGUUCCCAUCCAUCAUAAUUGGGUGACCUUAGACUAGGCACUCAAGCCCUCUGAGCUUCCUCCUCUGUCAAUUGGAGUGAUGAGAAUUAAAGCAUCCACCUCAAGUGGUGGUUGUCAGGAGGAUUGAAGAUGAGCUGGGGGAGGAAAGGAGACAAGGGGUGAGGAGGGGAGAGGGAGGAGGUAGGGCUGGGCUGUUUGUGGAGUUUUGUUUAUUUGGGGCUUUUUUGUGGCUGUUCCUGUUUGGCAGCCACAGCAGUGACAGUCAAAGACAUCUCUACUGACUGCACCCAAGGAAGACUGUCCGGCCAGAAAGGAAGCAACAGGCAAGCCCCACAUACCUCCCCCAGCCCAGAGCCCCAGGCUAGCAUGCCUUCCAUUGCUCCAGGGAGGUGAAGACAUCCGAAAGCAAAGUCCCCUGGUGUGGGGCCCAAGAGGCAAGCCCUGCAAAGCCAGCCUAGGAGCCAGGGACUUGGCAAUUAACCAAGACCUGUCAACUCUCAGGAGCUGACUGAGGCCAGAGGAAGGAAGCAAGAAAUAGAUUUAAGUCAUGCACAGGCACUUGGAAGAAAAAAGCUUUCGGCUCCGAGAGAGUUAGGUGGCGGGGCUGCCCUAAACUGCACCCCAGACAGUAAGAAGGCAGCUUCCUUCUCUAACCCGCUACCCUUUCUAGGGGUCCUAAAACUUAGAGGCUCAGAUUAAAGAGCUCCUCACCCCAACUGUCCAGGUUCCCAUCCAUCAUAAUCGUGUGGCCUUAGACUAGACACUCCAGCCCCCUGAGCCUCCUCCUCUGUCAUUUGGAGUGAUGAGAAUUAAAGUGUCCACCUCAAGUGGUGGUUGUCAGGAUUGAGGAGCUAAUUCCUGCAAAGCCUCUGGGACAUAUCUGAUGUAUCAGCUGUUAUUCUGGCCUUGGCAGAGCCCAGAUGCCACUGCUGCCCCCUCCCUUCCCCACAGAGUACACAGGGGUGACGGGUGGGGGGGCAAGGUGCUGUGCUUGACCACAUGCCAUUCGGAUACCAGGCCAAAGUGAGGACGGUGGGAGGCCAAGGUGGCCCCGCACGUGGGUGUUGAGUGGGGAGCGUGGCGCACGUCAGUCACCCACCGGUGCCUCGCUACCCUACCCGGCACCAGAUCCUGGGAUCAGGCUUAGGAUGGACCCGUGGCCUCUAGACAGGGUCCUGUGCCCUUGUGAGCCAGAAGUGCCUAGUGUGUGAAAAAGAUGUCUGCCCUGGAUGCGGAGGCCCAGGGUCCGCGAUGUGACUGGCAAAUAUUUCUCCCCCCUCAGGGGCUCUCUCUUCCUCUGGGCCCAGAGGGGGCUGCUACCCCUUCUAUCUCUGACCAUCUGUGACUCUCCCAGACACAGUCCUCUCUCUGCUCUGGCCCCUGCCACCCAGAGCAGGGUUGAGCCAGGUCCAGGAAAGACAUGCAGAUCCAGCCACCAGGGCCAGAACAUCAGGACCACCAGGCCAGGAAAGGAGACGCAGGGCUGGGAGAGCUGGUAACCCCCUGGGGUGGAAGAGUGGGGUCUCAGGAACUGUGGAAAGGUAGGCAUUGCCCUGGGCCAGGUGGGCCUCUGCCGCCCUGUCAGAGGCUCUGUGGGGGCAAAAUGGGGUCUUUUCUAUUUCUACUUCACAGAUGGUAUAAAAGAGGUCAAAGGAGGCAGAGAAGAGAAAGAAGAGUGGGGAGGAAAGAGUGUGAGGAAGGCAGGGAUUCUCAUUGCCCCAGAGCAGAGCUGCAUUCAGCCAUACCCAUCGCCCCUGCUAGACUCAGCACCCGGAAGGCAGUACCACUGAUUGAGGCCAACUUUGUCCCCUGUCCUCUACCAAGUGCUUUGUACAUGCUACCUCCUGUGAGGUGGGUGUUUUCAUCCCCACUUUACAAAUGAAGACAAAAGUCAAGUAAUGUGCCUGAGGUCACAUGAGUGGUGAGCAGUCCAGCUGAGUCUUGAACCAGGUCUCACAUUUCCAAUGCUGAGAGCUCCUUGGCCUUGACCGUCUAUGUCCUCCCAGCCUCUGAGACAAUAGGGUGUACAUAGUAGGUCCUCAAUCAAUGCUAGUUAAAGUGAAGGAAGGAAGGAAGGGAGAGGGGGUAGAAGGAAGGGGGAAGAUAAGCCAGGGAGACUCUUUGGCAGCCAGAAAAUAAAUAAUAAGUGCUGUUUUCCAGUGCCAGGCUGGCACGGUGCCCAGGAUAGCUGCCCUACACUCGGGAGCUCAAGGCCUACGCUUGCCUCAUCUUUUCCAGAAGUAUGUGAGCCCAGAUACGUCAGCCUUCAAGUAUGCAGUGAGGUCUGCGGUGAGGCGCUCUCUCUUCUCUCCUGCCCCCUUGAAUGGCCUUCCUUUUGCCAACUCCCCACCCCCAACCCACCCGGCCAGUCCAGCCUUGGCCCCCUCCCCAGAGCUAGGCCUGCUUUCUUUGGGGCAGGGGGCUGUGGACCAGCCCCCUAAGCAAUGCAGAUACCUGUUGGGAGGGAGACCUACAUGCUGCUGGGGGAGGGGCGGGAGCACCCACAUCAUCCAACAGGUUGGUCAGGCUGGGAGGCGUCCCGCCCUCCUGCAGCUAAUGAGCACUGUGCAACAGGUGUCUGCUCCUCAGUCCCCAGCCCGCCCCAGCUGUGACCAGAGCAACCAGAGCCUGCCACCCGACGCAACCCCAGGCUCACUCGCUCACCCCCCUGGGCCCUCCUGCUUCCGGCCGGGGGCACCAUGGCCUGCCGCUCCUGCGUGGUUGGCUUCAGCAGCCUCAGCAGCUGUGAGGUGACUCCGGUGGGCAGCCCCCGGCCUGGAACCUCAGGAUGGGACAGCUGCAGGGCCCCCGGGCCGGGCUUUAGCUCCCGCAGCCUCACAGGCUGCUGGUCGGCUGGCACCAUCUCCAAGGUGACUGUGAACCCCGGCCUGCUGGUGCCCCUGGAUGUCAAGUUGGACCCCGCUGUUCAGCAGCUGAAGAACCAGGAGAAGGAGGAGAUGAAGGCCCUCAAUGAUAAAUUUGCCUCCCUAAUUGGCAAGGUGCAAGCCCUGGAACAGCGCAACCAGCUGCUGGAGACACGCUGGAGCUUCCUGCAGGGCCAGGACUCAGCCAUCUUCGACCUCGGGCAUCUCUAUGAGGAAUAUCAGGGCCGGCUGCAGGAGGAACUGCGCAAAGUGAGCCAGGAGCGGGGGCAGCUGGAGGCCAACCUGCUGCAGGUGCUGGAGAAGGUCGAGGAGUUUCGAAUCAGGUAUGAGGAUGAGAUCUCCAAGCGCACAGACAUGGAGUUCACCUUUGUUCAGCUGAAGAAGGACCUGGAUGCAGAGUGUCUUCGUCGGACUGAACUGGAAACCAAGUUAAAAAGCCUGGAGAGCUUCGUGGAGUUGAUGAAAACCAUCUAUGAGCAGGAGCUGAAGGACCUGGCAGCACAGGUGAAGGAUGUGUCGGUGACCGUCAGCAUGGACAGCCGCUGCCACAUCGACCUGAGCGGCAUCGUGGAGGAGGUGAAGGCCCAGUAUGACGCCGUCGCGGCUCGCAGCCUGGAGGAGGCCGAGGCAUACUCUCGGAGCCAGCUGGAGGAGCAGGCCGCCCGCUCGGCCGAGUAUGGGAGCAGCCUCCAGAGCAGCCGCAGCGAGAUCGCGGACCUCAAUGUGCGCAUCCAGAAGCUGAGGUCCCAGAUCCUCUCUGUCAAGAGCCAUUGCCUGAAACUGGAGGAGAACAUCAAGACAGCUGAGGAGCAGGGUGAGCUGGCCUUCCAGGAUGCCAAGACCAAGCUGGCCCAGCUGGAGGCCGCCCUGCAGCAGGCCAAGCAGGACAUGGCGCGGCAGCUGCGCAAGUACCAGGAGCUGAUGAACGUCAAGCUGGCCCUGGACAUCGAGAUCGCCACCUACAGGAAGCUGGUGGAGGGCGAGGAGGGCAGGAUGGACUCGCCCUCAGCCACUGUGGUCAGCGCUGUGCAGUCCAGGUGCAAAACCGCCCCUUCCCUCCCCUACCCCUUAUGUUCCCUGUAGCUGCCUGCAGGUCAGGCCUCUCCAAGGCCCCCUCCCGAAAGAAGAAGGGCAGCAAAGGCCCCGUGAUCAAAAUCACCGAAAUGUCAGAGAAGUACUUCUCGCAGGAGUCGGAGGUCUCAGAGUAAGGCGGCUGGACCCCAGGAACCCCAGGGCACUCCACUGCAGCAGGAGGGACUUAAGCUAGACUCAAGAAAGCAGCUUGGAGCCUCUAGGUUGAGAAGAGAGGCAAAACCUGAUAUUGAACUGAGAGGGGGGUUCAAAACUGACUGUGUUUUGUGGGCUGCCAGGGUGGGAGAGGAGCAUCACCAGCUCCUCAGAGCCACUCCGCUCCAUAUCAGUAUCUCACAGUCCCAUCCUUCCAACCUUCUGGCCAGAGGUUUUCCUGAUGGGUGAGUCAGAAUUAGGGGUCAGUUUUGUCUCCACCUCCUCGCUCCUCUGAGGCUCCUCCUCCAGCAUCAGGCUCUGCCAAGGCUCCUCUGACUCUUGCCCAAUCCUUGACCUUGACUCCUAUCUCAAGCCUUGCCUUGCCUCUGCCUCGGAACUGAGACUGGGACUGUCUCAUCCACCUAUGUGCGGGAGCCGAGGAGGACCGCGUGGGCCCUGUCCUGUAUCUGGAAUUCCUGGGAAGGCUGGCUGCUGAAGACCCUCUUGGCUUUCCCGUGCUCUUUGGGCUCCCCAGAGACCUGACAGUAUUAGGGAGUGAAGGGAGGAGGGGCCCUGGCUGUUUGGGACCUAAGCCUAGGCCCCAGAGAUCAGCCCGAACACCCGCAUCCCUUCCUCCUCCCGUGGGUCCCUCCCAGUAGGCCAUAGUCAGAACUGGAUGGGCUGCCCCCAGCCAGCUCCCAGCAGCUUCUCCGGAAGCUGCUCUUGCCAUAAUCAACUCCCUGGGAGUGGAAGCCAGAUGGCAGCUUGAGAUUGGGCAGGAGCAUUAGAUCUUCCUUUCACCUCCCUGCCAUGCUGGGGUCCUACCCAGCCUGGAUCUGAGCUCUUUGCCCCCAGCCCGGGUUGUUCCCAGCCUGAGCACCGGGCUUUGGUGCACCAGGCCCUGGAGACCCCUGGUCCCACCCCUGCCAUGAAGCCCCAGGCCCACUUCCCAGGAAUCUCACUUCUCAGGGCCUCUGUUCUCCUCUCCAUUGGGCCAAAUAGCCUGGCCCUCCCCUCCUUGGCAUUCAUGGGGGAGCCCAGGAACCCCCCACACCUAUGGGGUUAGAGCUCCUCCUUUCUUCUCACUCCUUCCCCUUCCUCCCUCCAUGCCCACUCCCCCUGCCUCCAGCAGGCCAGGAAGAAGGCACAGUCCAGGCAAGUCUGGGAGCUUCCAAGCCCUUGAGGUCCAGCUGUGGGGCCCAAAUGACAGCCUUACAAGGGUUCUACCAGAGAGGAAAAUUCCACAUCCCACCAGAAGACAGGGGUGUUGGCAGGCAUACUCCUAUCUCCUCCUCUUGGCUCUCAAUGCUGAGGCUUGCAGAGGCAUCCCAGCGGCACCAGCCUCCCACUGCACAGCUUCCUUCCCUCCUUCACUCUCCUCUCCCCUCCCUGCCCCUUGCCUCACCUCCUCUUCUAGACUGCAUUAGAUUCAUUCAUCUCAUUUUCCAGGACAUGCUGGCCAGAGGUCUGGGCCCAUCCCAGGCCUCAAGGCCCUCCAGGCCUGUGGGGAGCACUGGAGGGUUACUGACUCUCUGGCCAUGGGAACUCAGACAUUCUCAUCCCCAAAGUCCCAAAAGAGGGUGCUGAUUGGUGCUUUUCCUCAGGCUCUUCAUUGGUUUCCAAGGGAGCAAAUCCUCAGUGGGGAUACAAGACAUAUAAAGUAUAUAUUAUUUUUUCAUAACUUAUGUGGCUUUUAACUUAUUGCUUCCCUUCCUGUUUCUGCAUGAUCAGUCUGUAUGUACUAUCUGGAAAGAUAACACAUACUCCAGCCCCCUCACCUGAUUGGCUAUCUUGGGGCCAUGUCCCCUUCUUGCUGCCACAGGAUGAAUAAAGUGUUGAGAUUUGUCUAUGGAGAAAGCUGUGUGUCUGUUUUUAUCUCCCCUCUCAGGACCAGUCAGCCACUGGUCAAUCAGGCUGACCAUGGAACAUUAGGAAUUCUCCAAUUAAGGGAGAAAAAGUCCAGGGACUUAGUUAUAUCUUCAGACCAGUGCAGCUGGGACACACAAAGUUCUCCUGUCUCACCAUCUGAUAUGGUUUGGAUGCUCGUCCCCUCCAAAUCUCAUGUUGAAAUGUAAUUCCCAGUGUUGGAAGUGGAGCCUGGUGGGAAGUAUUUGGAUCAUGAGAGAGGAUCCUUCAUGAAUGGCUCAGCACCAUCUCCUUGGUGAUGAGUGAGUUCUCACUCAAUUCACAUACAUGUGGUUGUUUAAAAGAGUCUGAGACCUCUCCCCUCUUUCUCGCCAUGUGAUAUGCCUGCUCCCCCUUCACCUUCCGCCUUUACUGUAAGCUUCCUGAGGCCCUCACCAGAAGCUGAGCAAAUGUUGGUGCCAUGCCAGUACAGCCUGCAGAAUUGUGAGCCAAAAUAAAUGUCUGUUCUUUAUAAAUUA